AUGGGCGGGCUAGGUCCUUUUCCAGCGCGUUGGUGGGAGAAGUGGGAUGCAAAGGACAAAUAUUUCUCCGAAGACGGCUCGUGGAAGGAGGAAAAGAAGCCUGAUUUUAACUCACUGGCGGAACAUCUUGUGUUUCUCGCUCGAGGACAGACAUGGAAGACGUCCGAAAUGUGCAAGGACGAGUUCACGGCUCUAGAGGACUUCCUCAAGAAGAUGCUGGUAUACGAGUCGACAAACAGGAUCACUGUCAAUGAGGCGGUGGCCUCGGAAUGGGCGCAGAAAAGGGCAAUAGCAGACAUUACCGAAGCCGAUCCACAGUGUCUCUUGAGUCUCAUUCGCAAGACUUGCAACCAACUAGGGCCGAGGCUUAAGGAAUACAAUAAGCUAAAGGAGGCACAAAAUGCUGCAGAUGCCGCGGAGGAAGAUGACCUUGUGGAUAAGGAUGAGAAGUUGAGGUUGAAGCAGCAUGCGGACCACCUGUACGAACAAAUCUACAUUAAAGACGAAGAGAAGAGGGAGGCGCGAGAGGCUCAAGACAUGACGGACACGGUGAUAGCUUCACCCUGGGAGCUUCCGCCGCCACCACUCGUCGGUUCCAGCGCUCCUCCAGGUCCGGCAUACCGAUCCUGGACGCCGCCCGACCGUGAGGCCUGGCGCAUCUCAAUGCUCGCCGAGUGGAUGAAAGGAAAAGCCCAUCAUGUUGAGAACAAGGUGGAGGCAGUAGAGCAUGAGCCUGCGGUGUAAGCAACCCACGAGUUGAGUUCCGUGAGCUCAUAUGAGUUCUGAAAGUACUUCCUACGUCCUCCAUAGCAUUGACGGAGGUACGUGCUUCUAGAUGCUUCAUGUAACAGAAUUGUGUCCGUCAUGAAAAGACCCCAGCUACGACAGGUCAUCCUCACAUAGAUGGCACUCUAUAAAGUCAACC